GCAGCCGGUGAGGAGAGGAGCCCCGGGACGGACCGGGCCGGGACGGACCGGGCCGGGACGGGCGGGACCGCGAGGGGCGAUGGCUCAGGACAGCGAGGCGCCUCCGGCCAAGCGGUUCAAGGCGGCACCCCCCGGCACACAGCCCCAGAGCGCCGCGCCGCCCGCACACGUGCAGCGCCGCUCCCUGCCCAUCUCCGGAGCCCGCGGGCCGCUGCUGGCCCGGCUCCGCCGCCUCGACACCGCCGUCCUCAUCGGAGAAACGGGCUCAGGGAAGACCACUCAGCUCCCUCAGUACCUGUACGAAGUGGGGAUUGGCCACCCCGGCACCAUCGCCGUGACCCAGCCCCGCAGGGUGGCAGCUGUCACCCUGGCUGCCCGAGUGGCUGAGGAGAAGAGGACGGAGCUGGGGAGGCUGGUUGGCUACACCGUGCGCUUCGAUGACUGCUCGUGUGCCGAGACCAGGAUCCGGUUCCUGACGGAUGGGAUGCUGCUGCGGGAGGCCAUCGGGGACCCUCUGCUGCACAAGUACAGCGUGGUCAUCCUGGACGAGGCCCACGAGAGGACCAUCCACACGGACGUGCUCUUCGGAGUGGUCAAAGCCGCUCAAAAGAAGCGAAAGGAGCGGGGCCUGCGGCCACUGAAAGUGAUUGUCAUGUCAGCCACGAUGGAUGUUGACCUGUUCUCCCAGUACUUCAAUGGAGCUCCUGUCAUCUAUCUGGAGGGCCGGCAGCAUCCCAUUGACAUCUUCUACACCAAGGAGCAGCAGAGUGACUACCUGCAGGCAGCACUGGUGUCCAUCUUCCAAAUCCACCAGGAAGCCCCUGCAUGCCAGGACAUCCUGGUGUUCCUGACUGGUCAGGAAGAAAUUGAAGCAAUGACCAAAACCUGUCGAGAUGUUGCCCAGCAUCUCCCCGAGGGCUGCCCACGGAUGACAGUGCUGCCCCUUUAUGCUUCUCUGCCCCACUCCCAACAACUCCGUGCCUUUAAACCUACCCCUGAGGGCUGUCGCAAAGUGAUCCUCUCCACCAACAUCGCAGAAACCUCCAUCACCAUUGCAGGCAUAAAAUUUGUUGUGGACACAGGCAUGGUCAAAGCCAAGAAGUACAGCCCUGAAACUGGCCUGGAAGUGCUGGCAGUGCAGCAGGUGUCCAAGGCCCAGGCUUGGCAGCGCACGGGCAGAGCAGGGAGACAGGAGAGCGGGAUCUGCUACCGGCUCUACACAGAGGAGGACUUUGAGAAGUUUGAGGAAAUGACAACACCUGAGAUACAGAGGUGUAACCUGGCCAGUGUGGUGCUUCAGCUCCUGGCACUGAAAAUUCCCAAUGUGCUCACCUUUGACUUCAUGUCCAAACCAUCUCCUGAUGCUAUUCAAGCAGCAAUUGAUCAGCUGGAGCUGCUGGGAGCUGUGACCCAGAAGGAAGGUCAGCUUGUCCUGACCCCCUUGGGAAAGAAAAUGGCAGCCUUUCCACUGGAUCCAAAGUUCUCCAAGGCCAUCCUCCUGUCGCCCAAGUUCCACUGUGCAGAGGAGAUCCUGACCAUCGUGUCACUGUUAUCAGUGGACAGUGUCCUGCACAACCCCCCUGCCCAGCGGGAUGAGGUGCAGGCUGCCAGGAAGAAAUUCAUCUCCAGUGAGGGGGAUCACCUGACCCUGCUCAACGUGUACAGGGCCUACAAGAACGUCAAUGGGCACAAGGGAUGGUGCAGAGAGAACUUUAUCAAUGGCAGGAACAUGAAGCUGAUGGCAGAAGUCAGAGCUCAGCUCAGGGACAUUUGUGUAAAGCUGUCGAUGCCCCUCGAGUCCUCCCGCGGCGACACGGCCGGCGUCCGGCGCUGCCUGGCCCACAGCCUGUUCAUGAACGCGGCCGAGCUGCGGCCGGACGGCUCCUACGGCACGGUGGACUCGCACCAGGUGGUGGCCAUCCACCCCUCCUCGGUGCUGUUCCAGGGCAAGCCGGCCUGCGUGGUGUACAACGGGCUGCUGCGCACCAACAGGUGCUACAUGCGCGACCUGUGCGUGGUGGACGCCGAGUGGCUGCACGAGGCCGCGCCCGACUACUUCCGCAGGAAGCUCCGCACGGCCAGGGACUGACCCUGAGACCAGCUGGCUCAGCUUCGCCUCGAAAGACUUAUUUUUCUAAAAAUUUAAUGCAUAGGUGUAUAACCAUGUUUUUUAUAACCUUAAGGAAAGGGAUGGAUAUUUAUUUAGAUUGGGUUUAUGUGUUUUUUUCCAGAAUAAAGAAGUGAUGGUGAAAAUCCCAA